AUGAAGUUGUUUUGCGCUCAGUUUGUACUAAUACUGGCGCAAUUCCCAAAUUUGAGCGCGGGCUAUCACGACUACGCGGAUGCAUUGUCGAAAUCGAUACUGUUCUACGAGGGGCAGCGGUCGGGGUACCUGCCGGCGGACCAGCGAGUGGCGUGGCGCGGCCACUCGGGGCUGGGCGACGGGUGGCCGGUGAUGGCUGACCUCACAGGCGGCUACUACGACGCUGGCGACAACGUGAAGUUCAAUUUCCCGAUGGCUUUCACCACCACGAUGCUGGCGUGGAGCGUGGUGGAGUUCGGGGAGUGUAUGCCGCCGCCGGAGAUGAGGAACGCCCUCGUUGCCGUCCGCUGGGCGGCCGACUAUCUUCUCAAGACGGUUUCUCAACCUAACCGCAUUUUUGUCCAGGUAGGGGACCCGAUUGCGGACCAUAAUUGUUGGGAAAGGCCCGAAGAUAUGGACACGAUUAGGACAGUGUACACAGUCGAUGCCCCAAAUCCGGCCUCCGAUGUUGCAGGGGAGACGGCUGCAGCCUUAGCUGCGUCCUCAAUUGCUUUUAGAUCGUCCGAUCCUAGCUAUGCCGAGACCUUGUUAAGAGCAUCCACCCGAGCUUUUCAGUUCGCGGAUAGUUAUCGAGGCGCUUAUAGUGAUAAUCCAAACGUGAGAGAUGGGGCAUGUCCAUUUUACUGUGAUUUUGAUGGAUAUCAGGAUGAAUUGCUGUGGGGAGCAGCAUGGCUGAGGAGGGCUACACAGAACAAUUCUUACCUUGUCUACUUGCAAGACAAUGGUAAAACGCUAGGCGCCGAAGACAACAUUAACGAAUUCGGAUGGGACAACAAGCAUGCCGGCCUUAACGUGCUCGUUGCAAAGGAGGUCCUAGAGAAGAACAUGUACUCCCUCGAGUCAUACAGGGCAUCGGCCGACAGCUUCAUGUGCACACUCAUACCCGAGUCCACAUCAUCCCACGUGCAGUACUCUCCCGGCGGCCUCAUUUACCGGCCAGGUGGCAGCAAUUUACAGCACGCCACCACCAUCUCAUUCUUAUUACUCGCGUACGCAAAUUACUUGGAACGAUCAUUCCAAAGCAUCAACUGUGGAGAAAUGUUAGUUAGCCCCUCGAAGCUGAGGACAAUAGCCCAAAGGCAGGUGAAUUACAUUUUAGGUGAAAAUCCCAAGGGAAUGUCGUAUUUAGUCGGGUACAGCAACGUGUACCCUCAGAGGAUUCAUCACCGUGGCUCCUCAAUACCUUCGAUCAAGGACCAUCCUGGUUACGUGGGGUGCAAGGAUGGGGCCGUUUAUUUCAACUCGUCGGGGCCUAACCCGAAUGUUCUGGUCGGGGCAGUGGUGGGUGGGCCCGGAGAGGAUGAUGAGUACGAGGACAGCAGGGAGGAUUUCAGGAAAUCCGAGCCUACGACUUAUAUCAAUGCGCCGUUUGUAGGCGUGCUUGGGUAUUUCGUGGCCAAUCCAACUGUUGCUUAUCCUUAG